AGUUACCUAGUUUAUUCGAACAAAACAUCAGAAAGUAAACGAACGUCUUCCAAUCUAAUUGUAAUAGUUAAAGACGCAAUUUUAUAUAAAACAUAAUAAUAUUUCCUCGUACAAUACAUAAUUUCUAGAAACACAAACAAUUCAUAUACCUACUUAUCUUCCUAGUGUAAACGUGCUAAUAUUCAUUUGUCAAUUUCAAUUAAAUUAUGUUAAAGAAUUAUAAAUUUUAUAGUGGUAGUUUCACGCUGGCUCGAAAAAAACACGUAAGAAACUGUAAAAUAUAAUAUUUCUAGUUCGUAUGGACCAAUAUGCUCGUAUAAAUAAUGUGUGUUUAUAAAUAUUUCCCAAAGACCGGGAAAGUCAUAGCUAUCCGAAGAGAAGAUCAAUCCGUAUGGGAAAGGCGAGCACCGCUCGCACCGGCCAAUGUGGCCGAACUGACCAAAAACGGUGUCAAAGUGAUUGUUCAGCCGGCUAACAGAAGAGCUUAUCCUGUUCAAGUACAUAAUAUAAUAUAAAUAUAAUAAUAUAUACCUGUACGCAUACUAACCUACGUCGAAAAUGUAACGUUUUAACUUUUAAUACAAAAACGUAAUGGUACGGAAAAUGUGUUAUUCCGCGAAAUGUCUUAUACAUUAUACCAUAUUAUAAUAAUAUAAUAUGUGUUAGAAAUAUUUAGCGACGGGAACGAUCCGUGACAUUGCAGUAAAUUUAACGGUCCGGAGAAAAAACCUAUGCAACUUUAAAAUGUUAAAUAAUGAAAUUGUAUAUUUAUAUUAUAUAUAUAUGUGUGUGUGUGUGUGUGUGUGUGUGUAAGAAAACACAUUACUUUAAAAUGCCGAAUACACGGCGAAAAUCGAUUGUAUUAUAAUUGUAUAAUUUAAUUUCCUUGACCCCUGACAACAACAUUAUAUUCACGUCGUCUUAAACAAUUUUACGCAUUGUAUAUGGGUACGUAGUCUGACGCUAAAACGAAUUUUCGUUUUAUUUUCUCGAUAUUUUCUAAAUACCUGUAUACUACAGCUACAUAAUUCAGCUACCGAGCAAAAACUCGUAAGUUGUUUUUUAUGUUUCUGUAAACAACUUUUCUACCAGGAAUCUUGCUCCAAUCAAAAACUUUACAGAAACUUUCUUUUUACGUUUUUAAUCUUUUUUUUUUUUUUUAUUGUGGAGGUAAUUUUUUUUUGAUUUUCCUUGAUGUUUUGUUAACAGUUUUGUAAAAUUUGUUAAAAUCGACUAACGAAUUUUUACUGGGUAGCCGAUGUAAUUAUAGGCCCCUGAUAUACAUUUACAAUAUUAUUUCUGAACACCGAUUUCAAUAUAUUCAUGCAUAUAUUUAAUAAUAUAUCCAUUGCAAUAUCUCCUGGAAUAAUUAAGAUAAUACAAUUCUGUUGUUUUUUUUUUUUUUAUAUUACUAACAGUGAUCGGGAUUACAAAUAUUGAUAUUUCAAUUAAUUUUUUAAAUUUUGGUUUAUUUAAUCAUUUUUAAAAAAUUUGAAAUUUAUAUUCGUCUGAAAAUUAUAAAGUAAUUAACAUUUUAUUUUAAUUAAAUUCGAAAUAAAAAAAUAAAAAAUCGGAGGACAGAGAAAAAAAAAUGGAUAUACUUUGCACGAUGGGUAAAUCACUGUUGUAGGUGAAGAGUAUUGGGAAGGUAUGAUAUAGAGAGAAAUUUAAUGUAUAUCUUUAUGUAAUGAUUAAUUAUUGCUAACGAAAAACUAUUCUGAGAGGAGUUCAGUUAUACAUGUUUUGAAAAGCCAUAGGUCAUAUUUACGAUUUUCGUCAAAAUUUGAUAUUAAAAUAAUUUGUAUAAAAAAAAAUAUAUUACAUUAAACUCUAAUUUUUCUUAUUUACCACUAAGUAUAACUUAUAAUGAAACUCUUGUUAAAUGUUCAAACAUGUUUGUUCGGUCUAACAAUUUUAUCCACAGAAUAUCGUCGUAUAAAAAUUACGUAACUUAAAUAUCUAUAAAUAGUUCAAAGAAGACUGAAAUGUUUUAAAAAUUUCACUGCGUCUAAAAAAAUCAUAUAUUUUAAGUUUUCUAUUCAAGUUUCAAAACUCUAAAAAUCAAAAAAAAAAACCUUCAAAAAGUACCAACAAGAUAAAAUUCCCUCUCGAAAAAGGUGCUACACCACUUGAAACAUCAGAGUAAGAUUUCUGAUAGAAUUUGUGUACACAGUAUAAAAAGAAAAAAGAAAACAUCGUUGUAAAACCAAAACAUUUCUCGCUCCAACCAGAAUCUAAAAGAGUACAAUCAAGUAGCCAUAAUUAUAAUAAUAAUAAUAAUAAUCAAUUUGCAAAUUCGAUUUCAGCUUGCCGUAUAAUACCUUUGGUACUUUUCUCUGAACUUUAAAAAAUUAUUGAAAAUCACAAAUUUAAUGAAAAUAAAAAAUUGAAACGUCAACAUUUUUAGAAAAAUACAAUGGCUAUAAAAUGGCUAUCUUCAAAUUUUUCAAAAAUAAUAAACAAAAAAGGUAUUUUUUUAGUUUUUUUACCUCAGCAUAAAAUUUAAUUAUAAUAUAAAUAUUUGUAAUCCUUAUUCCUGCGAGUUAUAUAUAUAUUAAAAAAAAAACAAAAUUUGGUUAAUUGUAUUAUCUCAGAAGAUAUUGAAAUGGGAUAUCUUCGUGGGAUACCCUGUAUAUAGUAAGGAGAAACAUCUAUAUUUCGUUCGAGAUUUAGUAAUAAUCAAAUAAUUAUCGCUAUCGUACAAUUUUAUUGAUUGUCGUUUUCUUAUCAAGUAUUUUAGAAUAUUUUUGUCAUUUUUAUAGUAUUUUGUCAUGCUUGAGGUGGAAUAUGGGCAUGUGAAAUAUACUUAAACAAACCGAUAUCGACUCUUUCAUGAGAGAAAAACAAUGUCAAAAAUCGCUUUGAUUUUAAUUUAACUUUAACCACUUGUUUAUAAAUUAAAUACAAUAAUAUGCUACUCUUUUUUACAAAAAUUACUUUUUAAAUUUUCUAGUACGGUACAUUUUCUCAAUUACUGACGUAUGUGCAGUAUGCACAUUAUAUAAUAUAUAUAUAUAUAUAUAUAUAUAUAUAUAUAUAUAUAUUAUAUAAUGUGCAUACUAAUAAAAUACCUAUAUAGGUGUUUUUAUUUUUACCUGUAUAUUAUUUUAUUGGGCCUCAAAGUUUUUUUUACAAAAUUGGUGGUCCACGCAACUAAAAAGGUUGGGACCGUUGACCUAAAUAAAUAAAAACGAAUAGGUGAUAUUUAAUCGGCGGUGAUUGAAUACAGGCGUAUGUAAAUGCCGGAGCAGUAAUACAAGAAGACAUUUCAGAAGCGUCGGUGGUGUUUGGCGUGAAACAAGUGCCUAUCGAUUUGUUAUUACCGAACAAAACGUAUUGCAUGUUUUCGCACACGAUCAAAGCGCAAGAGGCGAACAUGCCGCUUCUCGACGCCAUUUUAGAAAAAGUAACUAAAUACUGUUUUCAAUAAUCGUAUUCAUAAUGUGUCUUAAAAAAAACCUAUUCACAUUCGCAGUACUUACUUCAUAGGCGCAACUAGAACAACUUUGGGGAUGCUAAAAUUAUAGACAUAUUACAGACCAAUGGGGGCGAUUUCCUCACAAUCCCCUUUACAUGAAACCUAUAAUAAGCAACAACACAUUUAAUUUUCAAUUUUUUAUAUAAAAAUGCAUUGUCUGUAGGUAAAUUUUUAUUUAUUCUGCUUAUUAAUUAUGCAUAAUUAAGUAUAAUUAAGUAUAAAAUAUUUAGUCGAUGCUAUAAAAAUACAUAUUGGAUAUUUUUGGGAAUACUAAAGACACCCCAACAUACCCCUAGUUACGCCUAUGCAGUACCUACUUAUUAGAGUUAGUCAAGUCCUUGACUUUUCGAGUUUUGACGAGUCGAAUCGAGUAUACAUUUUAAACUCGAUUUGACUCAUAAAAAUUAAUACUUGAAUCGACUUCAAAAUUCAAAACUCACCACUCUACUACUCAUACCUGUAACAAUGAUAUUAAUGCGUGUAUUAUAUUGUUUCACGCGAAGAACAUACGAUUAAUAGAUUAUGAAAAAUUAAUGGAUUCAUCCGGCCAAAGAGUCGUGGCUUUUGGGAAAUACGCCGGAAUCGCAGGCAUAAUAAAUAUUUUACAUGGCUUAGGAUUGAGAUUACUGGCUCUGGGCCACCACACACCGCUAAUGGUAUAAUUUGAUAAAUAUUUAUAAUACGUCGUUCAAGAAAAUGGAAGAUUGUAAACUACGAUUAAAUUAACCUUUUUCUAAUGUCAAUGUAAAAAGUAUACUGUAAAAACUACCUACUUUUGUUGCAUCCACUUGUGUAUAAUUAUUUUUCUUUGUCAUAUUACAAGUAUUACGAAUUACCAAAAUGUGGAAUUAUGGGGUUGUCGCAUUGGACCUUUCAAUUGCCAUAAAUGUGGACAAACACCAUAUUAAAUAGGGUUAGGUAAGAGUAAUAACACGAUCUGAAAUUCCAUUAAAAACAAUUGUCUGUCUAUAUAAUCAACUAUUGGAUAUCAAGACCAAUCGAAAAUCAUAAAUUUGUAACAGUACUUAACCGAUUAAAAAUGAUUUUUGUGGUAUAACAUAUUCGAGUAGGUGUAACGUAUAAGUACGAAAUUUAAAUUAUCGGUUUUAAAAUGCUGAUAUUAAUUUUUAUGUUAGAUGUCACUUGUCAGUAGAAGUGCAAGUGCCGUAAAAUAACUUUUUACAACAUUUAUGUUUUAUAAUAAAUUAUAGUAUAAGAUUAUCGUAAUUAGUACUACUAUGUACACCUUAUCAGUGUUAUUGCAGUUUGGUUUUUUUUUUCUGUCACAAUUUACACAUCGAUUUUGAGAUAAAGGUUAAUUUGUUCGCAGCUUACAUUCACGCCGAUAAAUAGAUAAUAUUAUUACCUACUUUUAAUAACCAUUAAUUGCCUGUAUACAGCACAUUGGACCGGCUCACAACUACCGUAAUUCGAUGAUGGCUAGACAGGCUCUAAGGGACGCCGGGUAUGAGAUUGCAUUAGGCAUGAUGCCCAAGUCCAUUGGGCCCAUUACAUUCGUCUUUACGGGGUAUAAUUGCAUAGUUAUAAUUGUAAUAGUUCGCUUGACAAUACGUUAUAUUGAUUAUAAAUGAAAACAAACCGCGAUAUCGAUUUUUACAAAUAAGAUUUUUUUUUUUUCUUAAGGUCUGGAAAUGUAUCUCAGGGUGCACAAGAAAUAUUUCAAGAAUUACCGCACGAAUACGUACCACCAUCUAUGCUUCAAAAAGUGGCAGAACACGGGGGUAAUUUUAUAAACUAUAUUUUAAAACAUAAUGACAAAAUAUAACGAUAAUUUCAAUGAGAAUUAUUUAGUUAUAAAUUAUCUGUAUUUUCCAAAACAUUCAUUUCGGGCAUUUUAAUGGCAACCGCGUUUAUUUAGUUUUUAAUUUAACUUUUCAGUAUAGUUUUGGUUAUACCACAAUUAAAUUCUUAAAGAGUAAGCGCUCCUUAUCUCUGUUUAACAGCCUAUUAAAUAUAUAUACGAUUUCCAUGUUGAAAAGAAUUGCAAAGAAAAAAAUCAUAAUAUUAUUAAAUAUGUUUUAGGUAGGUGGAUAACUAGACAAAUAACUGCAGAUAGAAAACACAUUUCGAAUACAUAAUAGAAAACUCGUAACGAUAAUUUUCUACGUUUGUAGUAUGUAAUAUAAUAGACAAUAGUUACCAGGUUAUAAAUUGAUUACAAUAAUUAUAAUUAUUUAAAAAAAAAAAUAUAACUAGACUAAUAAAAACAAAUUUCAAAUCACUAAUGAAUAAUGCAUACAGCCGAUAUAGGUAAAUAUGUUUGAACUGUGGCGGUUAGAAGCGGUAUAAUUUAAAGGAUAAGGGGGGGAAAUGAGAUUGGCGAUUCAAGUAUGUAAGCAUUCAAGUAUUUAAACAUACUUGGCACCGCCACUGUGUUUGAGAUAAAUUACUGGUAAUAUAUUAAAUAUAUGUGUACAUGCAUCCAACUCUAAUAUAAAUAAACAAACGUCCAUUAAUAUGUUUCGUCAUUCAUCGUAAAUACUACGUUUUAUAAUGCAAUUGAACUAAUGUGCAAAUCGUGUUACUUAUCAAUUUAUAGCCAGCACAAAGUUUUACGCGUGUGUAGUCACGCGGAAGGACUAUUUAGAAAGGACCGAGGACGGGGACUACAACCAAGAAGAAUACGAACAAUAUCCGUCUAAAUACAAAUCUACAUUCAACAAAAAGGUUCGAUUUUUUUCCCCUACAAUAAAUAGGAUAUAUUUUAAUAUUAUACAAUUUGUUGUUGCUGUAUUAUACGCGCUAAUAUUUCAACGUACAGAUCGCACCGUAUGCUUCGGUCAUUAUCAACGGGAUAUAUUGGGCUCGGGACUGUCCCAAGCUGUUGACAGUACCGGACGCAAAAUCUUUACUCACUCCUUCCCAACUCCCGUGGAUACCGAUAUCGGAAGGUGCGCCGGGAUUACCUCAUAGAUUACUCGGGAUCUGUGAUAUAUCUGCUGACCCCGGCGGCUCCAUCGAGUUCAUGAACGAAUGCACGACUAUCGACAACCCAUUUUGUCUGUACGAUGCCCAUCUUCACAAAGACACCAACAGGUAUGUACUAUAUAUUAUAUAUUAUCAAAAGCUUUUAUUUAAUACCACUUAGCGUCUAAAUUUUUAAUAGAUGGAUGUUAGGGUCAAAUACUUUAUUUGAAAUAGUAGUUACUGACGGUGAUAAUAGCUGUUGUAAGUGGGAUAAACUAAUUAUAAUAAUUAUUACAUUGUGUAAUAUCACUAAUCAAGAAACCAGUUGUUUUAUACUCCACCUGAUUAGGACAUUACAAACAAAUAUUAACAAAAACUAACAAAAACUUGUUUUUAAAAAAAAUUAUAUUUAUUCAUUGUUGUGUUUGACGGUGAUUAGAUGUAACCGUGUAGCUUUAUAGAUAUUAUGGAUUAUGAAUGCGAAUAAGCCUGCAGCAUAUUUUUGUUUUUAGAAUUCUUUAUGUAGUCUAUUGUUACGAAUAUUGUAUCAACUUCAGUAGUGGUUUCUGGUAGAAAAUUGUAUCUAGUUAAUUCAUUAAGAGGACCAUGUGUUUUUUCUCUGUAAAUUUCUUAAUUAUUAAGAAAAACAGGAAAAAACCGUCGGAGACACGAGAAUAUUUAAGCACAUAACAAUUUCUGUUAUUUUCGAUAUUGUUUUUUGUUGCAAUUCAGUUAAAAAUAAUCGUACAAACCUGUCAUUUUUAUAAAAUAAUUAAACUGGUUCUUUCUACACAUAGUACAAUUUUCAAAACAUUUUGGCGAUUGUUGUGUAGCUAUAAAUAGUUAAAAAUUUUUUUUUAGAUUUUAUAUAGAUACUUAUAAAAUUGGUUAUGAUUUCUCAAAAGUAUUCAAAAAUUUGACACAAGAUAAUUAUAAUUUUUGUCUGAUAAGUGGAUUUAAAUUCCAAAAUAUAGUAGGUAUUUAUAGAAUAAAUAAGGCUCGUAUACAUAUUUAUCAUCUGGUUGAGACGUCCCGGUUCGGUCGGCCUAGUUGGAGAACCGACCCGAGCGCCCAGCUGACUACCCGCCUAGUGGGAAGGUCGCCAACCUAGGACCGAGGUCCAAAGACCGGAGUUCUAGGAUUUUUGUGGAGAAAAAAGAGAAUUUAAAUAUGUAAACACGUGGUUUUCUUGGGGGAAAGUAUAUAAUUAAUUAUUUAAUUUAUAAAUCAAAAGUAAAAUUUAAGUUAUAUAACAGAAAAGCCCAGAGCAUAAAAACUGUUAAUUAAGAAAAAAUGGAUAAUAGGUACGAUUUAUAACACUGAUAUAUAUAUAUAUAGGCUUAUAAACAAAUAUUUACAGACAAUUUAUAUUUUAAAUAUAUACGCAUAUAUAUGUAUGCAUAUAUAAAUAUAUAUGUACAUUGACUGGGUCGUCAACCAGCCUUAAGUGUUGUCCGGACGUAGAUAGUGGCAUCACGGGGAAUGUGCGGGCCGGGACUUAUAUUUAUGAGUAAGGAUGAAUCCACAUUCACGUGUGUGUGCUGAUCGAUAUGGGUAUUGACGAAGACGAACCCCCACGUGGAACGUUCGUGGGCACCUUAUGUAUUGGGGAGACCCCGGUAGGAAUGUGCGGUUGCCAGAUCGCACAGAUUACCACCGGGAAGGGUAGCGGAAACGCUUUUUGUUCCAUCUUAACUGGUCCGUAGUUUCGGUGGCCCUACAGGUGAACCUGAGAGUUGCGUCCGAAUCUUGAUCGCGAAAUGGGAGUAAAUCAAUCUAUAUAUAUAUAUUCCUUUUUUGGAUACUCACACGCGUGGCUGCGAAACCUAGCACUUAGAGGGGAUAGAAAAUAAGAGAAAACAACAAAAUACGGGGGGGGGGGGGGUUGGCCUAUCGCACUUAGGAUGUAGAACGCGGGGAUUAGCAUAAUAAGACGGACACGCAAAUCUAGCUGGUUGAUUCCCAUAAGUAUAUCGGACGGAUUUAACAUGCGAAAUAGAAAACAUUUUAUAUAAAUAUAUUCAUUCAUACGGAGAAAUCUUAAUUAAAUUACCUAAAAUUUAAUUAACUAUCUGACAGGGUAUCGGUCAAUUAUAAAAUCAUACAUAUUACCAUUGUUCCACCGAAGAUGUCUGCCCAGCGGACCAGAUCGGAACUCACUUCAUUGAUUCGUUCGAGGCACCAUCAUAAAUCGUGCCAAGGUAGACGACCUUUUCUUGGCGGCAAAAACUGGCGAAUUCGUGCAAUACACGGCAGUAUUUUUUUAAGAGAACUGUAUCGAAAGACCGUCUGGUGACAAAGUCUCGAGACGAGGUCUAAUCAAGAAGAAGAAAAGAAACGAACAAAAGAAUGAAAACUGGGUAGCGGAGCGCGGAGGCGUUCGUGGUACACGUUUUGGCCGACGUUUUUGGCGAUAAGAGGAGACGUGAUAUGAUUGGCCGUUAACCCGUAGUCAGAAAUAUAAUAUUAUUGCGAAUUGCAACAGAUUGCGAUCGCAUAAACCUUUGCGCGGGGGGUGGGGAAUUAUUGUUCAUGAUGACAUAACAUAUCCGUCGACGCGGGCGCAAUCUAUUAACCGGUCGACCGUACCGAUUGUAGAUAUGCUCGUCCUUUGAUAACGGGAAAUGGUCGUUUUUGGACGUUACAUGGUUUAUAUUGCACCGAAUUGAUCAAUGAAAAUCUCUUAAAAUUUGAAAACAUUUUACAACGUUCAGCAACCUACCCCCCUCUCCUAUCUAUAACUCUGAAUACGAUGACACUUAUACACGGCCAAAUAGUUUCAGAGGCUCAGGAGUUUUGGUCUGUUCGAUUGACAAUAUGCCGACGCAAUUACCUAUGGAAUCUACUGAUUUAUUUGGAAACUUAGUACUAUCCUACGCCAUGAACAUACUUCAGUCGGAUGCAACUAAACCAUUAGAAGAACACACCUUUUCACCAGCAGUUUUAGGGGUAAACUAAUUAUUAUAACGUAUUAUAACAAGGGUAUUAAUUAAUUAUGAAUACAUAUUUCGCUAUUAUUAUAGGCUAUUAUUGCUAGCAACGGAUCACUGACAGAACGAUUUGAAUACAUCAAAGAGUUACGAUUGGCCAACAGACUCAGUUCCUUCGAGUCGUCCAGUGCCGAUCAUCCUGGCAAAAGAGUGUUGGUACUUGGUUCUGGCCAUGUGUGCGCCCCUUUAAUAGAAUAUCUAUUAAAAAACGAUUCACUAAUGAUUGUACUUGGUAAGACUAUAAAGUUAUAACAUCUGAAACACAAUCACUCUUCCCUUUUGACGCUUAAGUACCUUUAAUAUUUAAAAAAAGUUCUCAAAGAACUUGCACAUUAGUAAUAAUAAUAAUAAUAUCGAUGGUCGCCAUGGUUGUCAUGGUAACACUUUGCUAAACAGACAGAUAGGCAGACAGACAGAGAAAUCAUAGGAUACUAUUUACUUGACAUCUUUCUUUAUAUUGUAAAGAGGUAAACUUGUAAGCUAAUAGGAGGUAAUCUCUAGAACUACCCGGCCGAUUUGAGUAAAUCGAUUCAGUAGCAUAGGUUCCUUUUAACACUUCGAUAUCCCCACUACAAUAAUACACAAGACGGAAUCGAUCUUUGCUCGUAUUAAACUUUUAGUGUUUCAGGUUCCGUGGAUAUGAGUGAAGCCAACAAUUUGGCGGCCAGAUUUAAUAGAGUGCAGCCAACACAAAUAAAUGUUCUGGAAGAAAACUGUCUGAGAGAGCUUGUCGGACAGUCGGAUUUAGUGGUAUCGCUUCUUCCCAGUCAAUUCCACCAUUUGGUAGCUGAACAAUGUAUAGAAUUAAAAAAGAACAUGGUAACGGCUUCGUAUUGUUCGGAUCAAAUGUUACAGCUACACGAUAGGUACAACCACGGAGUUUUUCACUCGAUCUAUACUUUUUAUCAUUAUAUUUGUAUUCUUAAAUAAACAUCUCAUUGAUAAAAUAUAUUAUAUAGUGUACAGAUUUAGAAAAAAUAUUAAUAAAUAAAUUUUAUUUUUUUUUUUAUAAUCAGCAGUUAUCAUAACAUGUACCAAUGUUUUAAAGUUGGUUCAAUUAUUAUAUGCACAUGUUCUUUAAAUUUUUCCUAAAAUUUUCUUGUUUAUGUUGUUACUGUCAUAGAACAAAAAUAUCUAAUAUAAUAACGACUUCUUCAAAAUAUUACACAGGCAUUAUAUUUUAGAGCCGUUGAAGCUGGCAUAACCAUCGUCAACGAAGUCGGUUUGGAUCCAGGUAUCGAUCAUUUGUUGGCAAUGGAAUGUAUCGAUCAAAUACACGCAGAAGGCGGCAAAAUCGACUCAUUCGUAUCGUACUGUGGGGGCCUACCAGCUCCAGAAUACUCUAACAACCCAUUAGGAUAUAAAUUCUCGUGGUUUCCCCGUGGAGCACUCGUUAACACUGUAGCCGAAGCCAAAUAUUUACAAAACCACAAGGUACGUCUGUGUCGUAUAGUAGCAAACUACAGCAGUCCGUAUUAAUACAUUUUAUUUUUAAACCGAAUAUCUUAGAUAGUCGAUAUUCCUGCUGGUGGUGAAAUAAUGAAUAACACGACGAAACUAGACUUCUUUCCUGGAUUUUCAUUCGAAGGAUUCCCGAAUCGAGAUAGCACCCAAUACGCUAAACUAUAUGGUAUAGCCGCUGAAGUUAAGACCAUGCUCAGGGGUACGAUACGAUACAGAGGUAAUAUGAUAAUCCGAAAUAAGCAUAUUUUUAAUUUAUUUAUUAUAAUAAAAGAAUUUAUGUAUAAAUAAAAAAAAAAAAUACUAUUUUUAAUGUUUCCAACGUAGGUUUCUGUGAUAUGAUGAAAAUACUUCAAAAAUUACGUCUUAUUGAGUCUAAAGACCACGCCGCCCUUCAUCCAAACGGACCAGAUAUUACGUGGGUAAGCAACAAAUAACAAUAUUUUUAUGCAUUUCAUAAUACUUGCAUUUUUUUUUAUAACAAAUACAAUACAUAAUUUACCAAUAAAAUAUUAUAUAUAUAUAUAUCACACCAAAUUUUUCUGGCACAGCGACAAUUGAUUUCUAUGCUAUUGGAGAUUAACAACACUGACAUAUUUUACGAGAACUUAUUAUCGAAAGUAGCCGACAGAAUUGGCCAGUCAUUCCUGGACAAAGUAGUAGAUCUCGGACUUUUAACAGAGGAACCGGUGUUAAAACUAGGUUCACCAUUGGAUACGUUUUCCCAAUUUAUCGCUUCAAAAUUGUCAUUAAGUAUGUAACGGACUUAUACGUGUACAAAAAAAAAAAAUGUUGCGCAAUGCGUAUGCGUUGUAUUUAAUCGAAAAAAAAUAGGUAUAAGUACUUGAAAACCUUUUUUUUUUUUUUACACAUUAUGCAGGUAAAAGCGAAAGAGAUCUGGUAGUUUUGUACCAUGAUAUUGGAGUUUCGUGGCCAGGCGAUCGGUACGAGAAAAAAUUGGUUACCCUCGUGUCGUACGGCGAAACAAAUGGAUACACUGCUAUGGCAAGGACUGUCGGGAUCCCGGCAGCAAUCGCAGCUAAUAUGGUCCUUCAAGGUAAAUAUCUGUACAUAUUAUAGAUACUAAACGUGUCAAUAUUAUAGCCACAUUAUUGAAUGAACUAUAAUUUUAGAUUCUGAGUGUAGCAAAGAAUGUAUUGGCUUUACUAAGACGUUUAUUUAUUUUUUUUUUCCUGUAUACAAAAAUUCUACCAAAAAUCUUGCUCAGAUAUAUACGCGCGGUACUAUUUCUGAAAGGGAAUGUUGUCCAGAUGGUAUUUUUAAGAGGUCAUUUUUUGAUUUUUCAAAUGGCUUUCAUAAUAUCUGGGAAAAACCAGGAUAAAACUCUAGAAAACCGGGAAAUGUAUGAAAAUAAUGCUUUUAUAUUCUUAGGGUCGCGAGUCAAACCCGUGUCCGGGGCCUGAAAAAUUCUAAAUCAGGCUCUCAUUAUACCAUAUUUUAAUAUUUAUAAACAUAUUUAUUAUCAAACUAUUGUUACAGGGGAAAUACAAGCCAAGGGUAUGGUGUUGCCGUUUACUCCGGACAUUUACAGACCCAUGUUGACGAGGUUAAGACUUGAAGGGAUAUCAGCACAAACUACGAACGUACACCUGUAAUGAAUUUGCGUUCGUCCGUGCCAAAAAUCUAAUAUUUAAUUAAAUUCAUAUAAUUAUUACCGAACAAUUUGUUACCAACAAUAUUGUUUUUGGUUACCUACUAUCCAUUAUUUAAUACGCAUAUUAUUAUUGUAUACAUAUUAUAUAUAUAUAUAUAUUUUAUACCCAUAAUUUAUUUAACAAAACGCGAUUUGUUUCCGAUGAACGCAUUUAAUUGCAUUUCGUCGGCCCCGUGAUUCAAAAAGUGCCUUGUUUUCCUAUUUAUGCACGAAAAAAAAUGUCAAAGUGAUCAUAAACAAUUUAUAAAAUAUAAAACACAUAAUUCUUGGUUAAAAUCGAAAUUGAACAAAAUCUAAAUCUAAAUUUUAAAAAAAUAUAUAUAUUUUUAAAUAAUUUAAUGACUUUUGCACAACGGGGACAAUAUAAUAAUAUUAUAAGUAGUAGAAUACGGGAGACCAAGCUUUUUUCGGGUGCAACAUUCUGUAAACAGUAAAUUUUAUAACGAAUUUAUUGAAUUUUAAAAAUUGAACUUAAUAAUCUUUUUUUUCUUUCGAGGGAGACCCAAACUUAAAAGUGUAAUAGAUUGUCUAUUGUGAUGGAUUGAUUACUCUGUAUAACCAUUCACACAUACCGCAUGUACACCAAUUAAAUGACCACUUCUAUUAUUCUUAAAAAAAUUGUUGAAUACCGUUCGUUUUUGUAUUCGUGUCGAAUAGAUAAAGUUUUAUAUACUAGCGAUUAUGUUAAUUAACUAUUAUACGGUCAAACAUAAUAUUAUUAAUAAUAAUUAAAUAUUUGCAAAUUCCAAAGCUAAGUUUUAAGAUGAAACAGUACAAAUUUACAAACAAACAAUAUUAGUUAUUAACAACAUUAUUACUACUACUCCCGACAUUAUUUUAUUAUAGUAUUAUAAAUAUGAAAAACUAAAACAUAAAUAAAUUAUGACAGUUACUAUUACAUAGUUUCUGUGCGACAAUUUUAUUAGAUUAACAUGUCGAUGUCCGAAACGCCACGUUUCACCCAGUACCUACACCAGCGAUCGAUCCCAUAAAAUAUUAUUUAUACCUUCCUACCAGAUAUUGUUUUAAUUAUUCAAACCCAUUUUAACAUUUUUAAUAAAGUAUACCAUACUUUAAAAACAGCUCUCUGAAUUAUAUUGAUUUUAAUAUUUUAAAAUUAUGUAAAAAUACAGAAUCGCAG